AUUACUGUCACAUUAGAACGUGAUUAGUGAAAGCAUAAGUAAACAAGUCACUAAUCACGAAGGACCUACAAAGAGCCAAAGGGAAGCCUCAGUACAGUCUCUUUCUCGCAGCAUCAGCCGCCUCUUUCCCUCACGUCGAGCCCGCACUCAGCCAUGGCGUCCGAAAAGAAGCAGCAGAAUUUAAUGCGGGAGAUUAAGGUUCAGAAACUUGUUCUGAACAUCUCUGUCGGAGAGAGCGGAGAUCGUCUCACACGUGCUUCCAAGGUGUUGGAGCAACUCAGUGGUCAAUCCCCUGUCUUCUCCAAGGCUAGGUACACUGUCCGUUCUUUCGGAAUCAGGCGUAAUGAGAAGAUUGCAUGCUACGUGACUGUGCGUGGUGAAAAAGCCAUGCAGCUUUUGGAGAGUGGAUUGAAGGUGAAGGAGUACGAGCUGUUGCGCCGCAACUUUAGUGAAUCUGGUUGCUUCGGGUUUGGUAUUCAAGAACACAUUGACCUUGGAAUCAAGUACGAUCCUUCUACGGGCAUUUACGGUAUGGACUUCUACGUAGUACUUGAGCGCCCAGGUUACAGAGUUGGAAGAAGACGCAGAGCGAAAUCUCGCGUUGGUAUCCAGCACCGCGUUACUAAGGAAGACGCAAUGAAGUGGUUCCAGGUCAAAUAUGAGGGAGUGAUCUUGAACAAGUCUAAUGCAAUCGCGUAAGGUCCCACUGCAGGUAUUUGAUAGAGGCAGAAAUUUGAGAGUAAGGUUAUCACUCUUGCUUGUGAUUAAGUUUGCAAUAUUUAGUGUGACCUAUUUUGUCCUAAAUCUUGGCUUACCAUACAUGCAGCAGUACUGGUUGAAGUCUGUCA